CAAUAUCAAUAAUUAUAAUAAUGGCAACUUUUCAUUUCAAUUCCAGUUUAACGUCUAAAACAAAUCUCUAUAAUUAGUACGUUAUUUGUAACUGGAUAGCCUGUUUUCACAAAAUAAACUUUUCAUUCGAAGAAAAAAAGGCUGAAAAAACGUAAAAACUAAAAAGAAGAAUUAAAAGUUAAAAAAGAAUUAACUCUGUGUUAGUCCUAGUUUUAUUACUACAGCGUAAUGCUUGAAGGAAAGACUUCAAAACGAAGUUAGCUUUAACUGACUUGAAAUCUGAUAUGAAUAUGGCAUGGCAUAUUUCCUCAGGGGGGUAAUAUUAUAUAUUUAGGACAGGGAUGCACAGGCUGGGGUACGAAUCAGCCCAAAAAAAUAAUUUGUAUCAUAGAAAUUGACCCAAAAAAAAUUAGAUUUGUCUUGUUCACCCAAAAAAAUAAUACAGAAAAGGGUACGAAUUUUCAAAGUAUUCCUACAGCUACAAAUAUGGACACAUAGAAAUCAAAUACACGGAACUCUUUUUGACUCAGCCAGUUGUAAACUUUUUGGGAGUUCCUUCUAUUAUUCAGAAUACUCUUAUGAUUAUGUUUUCAUUUCACUUGUUUUCAUUUGCAAUCAAUGAAAAAUGAAUCAUGUUUAGUGUGUAAACCGUAUUUUUCUCACAUACCAUAUGUGAGAAAUCAUAUAUGUCUACCAUAUUUUAAAUUUUCUCACAUUCAAGACCCAAAAAAAUAAUUCAGCAUUUCAUGAACCUAAGAAAGUAAUUGUAUAAUUGGCUGACUCAAAAAAUAGCUUUUGCUCAAAUUUUAAACCCAAAAAAGUAACCUGAGCAUCCCUAUCUUAAAUAUACAUAUGUGUAUCCCCCCCCCCCGGGCAUAUUUUCGAAACUUUCUGUUAGCAUUGCAGUUGAGAUUUUUGUCAAAGCUUAUAAAACUAGCUAUAAAAUUUACAGACAAUUUUCCUUGUUUUGGAGACGUAUGUCAGGGCGUAGUUGAUCUCCAGUUGUGAUAGAAGAGAUAAAAGUAUAUGUUUUAAUGUUUUCUUAUUCUUUCUAACAAAUUGCUCUUCUCUUUUCUAUGUCACUGCUCCAUAAAAUCCAGCAUCGUACAUAUUGAAGCUAUUUGACAGAAGUGUUGACAUGGCACAGUUCAAAAGAGACACAUCAAUGUAUGUCAUGUGUAGGUCAUGGGCCCUAAACAAACCUUCAGCUACCUACGAACUUGGCACUUCUGGAAAGAAAGAGACAGAGUUAAAUGAAUUUCAGAACCUCUAUUCUACGCCUAAACACAAAACCAAAAUUUAUGGAGAAAAACAGAGCUCGCUGUUCACCAAACCUACACACCCUGCGGAGCACCUUGACAAGGUGAUGGAUGCUGUUCGUGACGUCACAAUAUUGCAGAGAGACAAUGUCAACAGGUGGCGGAAAGUUAGAGAAGGGUGGAGACAAGCAUCGUUCGAAACGCAACAGAAGCAUAUGGCAAGCCUGAGACACUUAAAAUCGUUGUUUACACAACCCUAGUUAUUAUUGCUAUUUUUUGUAAACAUGUCAAUCAUUGAACAAAAUUGACGUUUUUAUUUGUAAACAAUUAUUUCCUGUUUGUACCAAUGAUCUUCUUCAUUACUUUAUUAAUGUAUCCGAAGUAUUCCUUA